UUUGGUGGGGGUGGCCUUGUGGGACUCAACACGCAACAAGCAUGGAGCUCCUGACUAUUCAGGCUUUUCCGUUUGUUUUAAUUGGGGGACUCCAUCAGCUUGCACAUUUUGUGGACAUAGAUCAGGCCUCUCUAUUGAAAAAGAAAAUGUAAAUUGUUGAAGGGAAACUCUGUAGCCAUAAAAGAAACCCUCAUUGGACUGGAGUGUAAGGAUGCAGUCCACAGGUAAAGGUAAGUUCCACAGAAACCAGUGCGACUUACAGGCACAGACAAGCAUUUGAUGCAGGGGUAGGGAAUGUGUUACCUUCUAGAUCAGGGCUUCCAAACUUGGGUCUCCAGAUGUUUUUGGACUACAAUUCCCAUCAUCCCUGACCACUGGUUCUGCUAGCUAGGGAUGUUGAGAGUUGUAGUCCAACAACAGAGGGAGACCCAAGUUUGGGAAACUCUGUUCUAUGUGGUACUGAAUUGCAACUUCUAUCAGCCCAGCCAGCAUGGCCAACAGUCAGGGAUGAUGGGAGUUGUUGUCCACUAGUCUAGAGAACACCACUUAGGCUACUCCUGAUUUAAGCGCAUUUUGAUUUAACUUUCUCUUGAUUUCAUCCUUACCAGUAUUGCACGAAAGCUGAGUGGCCAGUUUCAAUUUCAAACACACAAAGUAAACUGAGAGAAGUGAUUAGCUGUACACAUAUGCAUGUUUUGAGUUUCACCGGAGGGUAAAUCAGGUUACCAAGGUGGAAACUAAAAGGUUAGGGGAAUGCAAAGCAAAGCUAAAAGAAAAUCUGGACCUGACCCUCCUAGCUAGUUUAGUAAACAUUAGCAGAAGUUUGUUUGGAUAAUCCAGUGGUUCUCAUUUAAUAUUUUCAUCACAUUGUUUUGUGUAUAUAUCUAGAACUGUGCCAAGAGGCCACCUCUGGAGAGGUUUUCCUGCUGGCUUCAGCUGCACUUGCCAACAUUACUUUUUUUGAUACAAUAGCCUGUGAGAUGUUGCUUCAGCUGGAUGCAAUGAAUAUUCUCAUAGCAGCUUGUGGUGACAAACAGAGAGUGGAUAGUCCCUAUUCCCGAGACCAGGUUGUGACGAUAUUAGCAAACAUGUCUGUCCUGGACCAGUGUGCCUCAGAAAUAAUCCAAGGAAAUGGUGUUCAAGUUUUAAUGGAAAUGCUGUUUGAGAAAUCGUCAUCUGGGAAUUCACCAGAAGUAGCUGCUUGCGAACGAGUUCAGCAAAAAGCCGCAGUUACGCUCGCCCGGCUGAGUCGUGAUCCCGAAGUGGCACAUGCAGCCAUAAACCUUAGUUGUAUUCCACGCCUCAUAGAACUUUGCAGGUCUCCUACCAAAAGAAAUAACAGUGAUUCUGUUCUUGUUGCAUGUUUGGCAGCCUUGCGGCGACUUGCUGUUAUCAGCCCUGAUGGCCUUCAAGAGUCAGAUUUCCAGCAGUUGGUCAAGCCCAGGCUUGUGGAUUCCUUCCUGCUCUGUACCAACAUGGAAGAAAGCUUUGUAUGAACAAACCACAAAUAUAACCCAAAAUAGGAAAUAGUGUUACAUAGGGCAACGUAGCUAAAAUGUUAUUUAUGAUUAAUUUAUUUCAAGUGCUAAAAAAUCAGCAUAGGGAAAAAAUGAGGCCAUUAGGCACAUAAAAAGAGACCUGCUGGGUCAGACAAAAGAUCUGUCUAGUCCAGUAUCCUGUUCUUGCAGUGGCCAACCAGAUGUCUGUGAGAAGCCGGCAAGCAGACACAAGUACAACAGCCCCCUCCCCAUUUGUAAACUGGUGUUCCAAGGCAUCCUGCCUCCAAUAUCAGAGGUAGUUCCACUGAGAACCUUAGGCUCCAUACAUUUGUCUAACCUCUUGUGGGGGCACAUUUCAUACUUUAGCUACCCCAUUCACAUUACUUGGAUAAGCCAAGGUAUUAUGAGAGAGGAAAAGAAACAUCUCUCUAUCUACUUCCUCUACACCUCACAUAAUUUAAUGCACCCCUAUCAUGCCUCUCUUUACUCACCUCCCCCCCCAACUGAGAAGGCCCCAAAUGUUGAAUUGUGUCAUAGGGGAGUUGUUCCAGCUCCUUGAUUACCGUAUUUUUCGCUCUAUAAGACGCACCAGACCACAAGACACACCUAGUUUUUGGAGGA